AUGGCGCCCACGGCCCUCGUCAUCGUGUGCUGCCACGCCAUCUGGCAGGGCGGCCCGUCCCACGGCGCCCUCGAGUCGGAAUGGCUCCUGCAGCCCUUCCAGCGCGGCGAAACGCCCACCUUUGUCGAGCACAUCAAGGCGGCGGCGCGGUGCGUCGCGCAGACCCGCCAGCCCUGCGCGCUCUGCUUCUCCGGAGGCCCGACGCGCGGGGAGACGCGCGUGUCCGAGGCCCGGUCGUACGCGGAGCUGUGCCGCGCCGCCGGGCUGCUGGGGCCGCUGCCGCCGCGCACCGAGGUGCUCCUCGAGGAGCGGGCGCUCGACUCCUUCCACAACGUCCUGUUCAGCGUGACGGCGUUCUGGGAGCGGUUCGGGGCGUGGCCGGCGCGCGUGACGGUGGUCAGCCACGCGUUCAAGCGGCGCAGGAUCAUGGGCCACUGCGCGGCCGUGGGGGUCGCCGAGGCUGCCGUUGUGGGGGUAGAUCCCCCGGGGAUGCUGGGGGCCCCGGACGCCCUGCGGGGGGAGGAGGAGGCGGCGCGGGACUGGGCGAGCGAUCCGUUCGGCAGGGGGGCCGGGCUGUCCGCCAAGCGGGCGGCGAGGAACCCAUGGGGUGUGUGGCAGGGCGUCUUCUCCGAGGGCUGGCCGGCGGGGACGGUCGAGGACGUGGCCAGGCAGAUGGGCGCCUCGGCCUUGUCCCUUCGCGGGCCCUCGUCGACCACGCGCACCGGCGUGUCGUCCGCCUCCCCCCGGAGCAAGCGAGCGCUUUCUUGCCCCGGACGCGCGAGUCGAACAGGCCGCGGAGAGACGGGUCUGCUCCGCCUUUGCGAGCGGCAGCUCCGGCGGCAAGAAUCUGCUUCCCAGGAGGGGGCCGGCGGCGUCGAGGCCGGAAGCGCCGAAGCGGCUCGUCAUCAGGCCUAG